AUGCCUCGCCCCACUGCCACCCAAUCAUUACACAUGGACCACUCACUGCCACUCAACAUGUACGACGACAUGGAUGCAUUCUUGGAUAUGGAAGCACUGUACGUCUAUGACGAAACAGAGCAGUACUUGGACACUGCCAGCUCAUCUGAGUCAACGAGCCCCAUUAUCUCAACCUUUGACAUGACCUUUGUAAACGACUUCAAUGGCACCGACCAAGGCAUUUAUCCUAGCCCAAUGAGCUCCUCCCGCGAUACAGCAUCACCUCAGCCUACCAUGGAUGAGAAAGCUGGAACAACCAAGGGCCCAGCCAAGAGAAAGCGUGAAAAUCGUUACAAGAAUGCGCCCCCUUCGGUGCUCUCACGUCGUCGAGCACAAAACAGAGCCUCACAAAGAGCAUACCGCGAGCGCAAAGAUCAGCGCAUAAAGGAUCUCGAGGUCAUGCUCUCAGACCAGAAGCAGAAGAAUGACUCCCUUAGCCAAGCCUACUCUGCCCUCCACGCCGAGUUCCUCAAGAUUCGGGGAGCGCAAGCGAGGUCGGCGCAACAACAGCAACAUCAACACAUGCCGCGACACCCAGCCGCGCCGGCAAUGGCUUACGAUCCGACGGCCGCCGCCCACAUGGGCAUGUCGUCACACCCAGGCGCGAUGGAAUUCGCGGACAACAUGUUCAUGUUUCAGGAUAUGCAGACUUACACCCUCUAA